CCCACCAUCUCGCUAUAAACGUUCUUCUCUGCAUCGCGCACAUCACUUCCUUCUCCCCAUCACUGCCAUGACAACUCUUCGCUCGUUUCAAGCUGAGAUAGAGCACUUCUCGCACGAGAAACAGAAGGCCGCGAUCGCCCUGGCGCGCGAGGCGCACCUCGCCGAGCUCAAGGCUAGCCACCCCAAAGAGGUCAAGAAAGAGGAGCCUGCCACCCACAAAGAGGAGGUCAACCACGUAGAUGAGGGCGAUGACGAGAGGAUAGAGACGCUUCUUGUGAACGGUGACGAGGAGCGGGCUACGGCACACCUUGCGUCGGCCUUACUCCGCGGUCAUGGCGAGAUUAUACUUGCGCUCGGCGAGACUGAGCCAAUAUCUGCAGACAAGCUCGCUUCCGCCGCUGACCUUCUCCGAAGAGUCGCUGGUGGCCUCAAAGCGAUUGUCACUGACUUGUACAACGAAGGAGGGGCGGCUUGCUGGCUCGUUCGUCUGCAGCCCGCGCGAGUAGAGGAGGUCUCCGAGGUGCGGGUGGCGGUAGUCGGAAACGUGGACGCCGGCAAAUCCACUACACUCGGCGUGCUCACCCGCGGCGGGCUCGACGACGGGCGUGGCCGUGCACGUCUCGCGCUCUUCCGACACCCUCACGAGGUGGAGACCGGUCGCACUUCCAGCGUGGGCGGAGAGAUACUUGGAUUCACAGCCGCGGGCGAGUCCAUUUUCCCCACCAUCCAUGCGCCCGAGGCCAGCUCCGCCAAGCGCGAGAAGCUCAGCUGGAAGGAGAUCUGCCAGCGUGCAGCGAAGGUCGCCAGCUUCAUCGACUUGGCCGGUCACGAGCGUUACUUCAAGACCACUCUCUAUGGGUUGAGCGGGUGCGCGCCAGACUACGUCUUGCUCAUGGUUGGAGGAAACGCCGGGCUCAUAGGCAUGUCCAAAGAGCACCUGGGGGUUGCGCUCGCGCUGAACGUCCCCAUCGCGGUAUGCGUCACCAAGAUUGACAUGACGCCCCCUAACAUCCUGGAGCAGACCGUCAACAUGCUCGUCAAAGUCCUCAAGAGCCCUGGGUGCCGCCGCGUCCCCGUGUUCGUCGAGAACAAGCGCCAAGCUGUCGACUGCGCGCGCAAUCUUUCCAAGCCCCUCAUGCAGGGUGGGAAAUCGGAUUACCGGUUAUGCCCCAUCUUCAUGGUGUCUAACGUGACCGGCCACAAUCUGCCGAACCUGCGAACGUUCCUCAACUGUCUCCCCAGCUCGCAGAUGGACGACAAGUACGUCGUCGACGCACCGCUCGAGUUCCACAUCUCGGACGUCUUCAGCGUACCUUUCGUUGGCACGGUGGUCUCGGGUGUUGUGACCGCGGGAGUGGUGCGCGGCAACGACCCGGUGUUACUCGGCCCCGACAGCCUGGGCCACUUCAUACCUACUACGGUGAAGACUAUCGAGCGAAAACGCGCGCGCGUCGACAGCGCCGAGGCUGGACAGAGUGUUGCUCUUGCGCUUAAGCGAAUACGUCGGCCCCAGGUCCGCAAGGGCAUGGUGUUGGUCGCAAAGAGCGAGACGCCGCCCAAGGCCGUCAUGCGCUUCGAGGGCAUGGUCAUGGUACUGCACCACAGCAGCACCAUCCAGCCCAAGUACACUGCAAUGCUGCACUGCGGCGCAAUACGGCAGUCUGUGCGGAUCGUGAGCCUCGACCACCCCAGCGGCCUGAUCCGCACUGGCGACCGCAGCAAGGUUGUGUUCGAGUUCCUCGGACACGCAGAGUACAUCAAGGAGGGCCAGUUGAUCCUGCUGCGCGAGGCCAAGACCAAAGUGCUCGGAGUUGUGACGCGUGUGCUUCCAUAGUGCAGGGGAAUGCUGAUGAGGAACCUUCCGAAGCGAGGGGUGAAGUGAAGUAUCGUUUUUGUAUAGAGGAACAGCUUGUGUGAGGAGAGUGAUUGUAUGCAACAUUGCCUCUUGUU